AUGGCGGCGGCGGCGGCUUCGGCGCCUCAGCAGCUCUCGGACGAGGAGCUUUUCUCUCAGCUCCGCAGUUACGGCCUGUCUCCGGGUCCGGUGACGGAGAGCACCCGUCCGGUCUACCUCAAGAGGCUGAAGAAACUUCGAGAGGAAGAGCAGCAGCAGCAGCACCGGUCGGGGGGCCGCGGCAGCAAGACGCGGAACAGUAAUAACAAUAACACGGCGGGCACAGCGGUCGCAGCCGCAGGACCACCGGCGGCCGUGGGGAUUGGGGUCCGGCUGGUCUCGAGCGACCUCUCCUACUUACGGACCCCUGGGGGCUUGGGCCGAAUCUCGGCCUCGGGCCGAGAGAGCCCCCUGGGAGGGCCCGGGGGCGCCUCGGCUGCCCCCGCGGCUGGCAGCAAAGUGCUGCUGGGCUUUAGCUCGGACGAGUCGGAUGUGGAGGCCAGUCCCCGGGACCAGGCCGGCGGCGGCGGGAGGAAAGACCGGGCUUCUCUUCAGUACCGCGGGCUCAAAGCGCCGCCGGCGCCCCUGGCCGCCAGUGAGGUGACUAACAGCAACUCGGCCGAGCGACGGAAGCCCCACUCGUGGUGGGGGGCCAGGAGGCCGGCCUGCCCCGAGCUGCAGACCCCGUCGAGGAAAGAUGGAGCAGUGGGGGACGAGGAAGAGCAGGGAGAAGACGCUGUGGAGAGGAACCCGGAGGCCGAGGAGCCGCUUUGGGCGACCCGGACCGUGAAUGGCAGCCGUCUUCUCUCCUACAGUUGCCGGGAAAACUACUCGGACUCGGAGGAAGAGGACGACGACGAUGUGGCUUCCACCAGACAGGUAUUAAAGGAGGACUCCCUUUCCCGGCAUCGGCCCAGACGGAGUCAUAGUAAGUCUCUCUCCCCGCUAACUACUAAAUCUGCCGGCAGCCGGCUGGAGACUUCGGUUCAUGGAGGGGGAGGACUUGGGAUGAAUGACAGGGUGGCGGCUGCUGGGAGUCUAGAUAGAAGCCGAAACCUCGAAGAAGCGGCAGAGCAGGGAGGAGGGUGUGAUCAAGUGGACUCCGGCCCCGUUCCUAGAUACCGUGUUAACGCUAAAAAACUGGCCCCUCUCCUGUCCCCGCCACUUACCGACACGGACUCAACCUUGGAUUCAUCGACAGGCUCCCUUUUUAAAACCAAUAAUCAUAUCGGCGGUGGGCCCUUCAGUGUGGACUCCCCAAGGAUUUAUUCCAACAGCCUCCUUCCCAAUUCGCCGGUGACCGCCUCUAGUUCACUCAGGAUCAAUCACGCCAAUCACACAGGCUCCAAUCAUACUUACCUGAAAAACACAUACAAUAAGCCGAAGCUUUCCGAACCUGAAGAGGAACUUCUCCAGCAAUUUAAACGGGAGGAGGUGUCCCCAACAGGGAGUUUCAGUGCCCACUACUUGUCGAUGUUUCUCUUAACUGCUGCCUGCUUAUUUUUCCUAAUAUUGGGACUGACUUACUUAGGAAUGAGAGGGACAGGAGUAUCCGUGGAUGAAGGACUCAGCAGAGUGGGAAAAGAAGAAAAAGUAAAAAGCCCCUUUGAUGAAACAUUUGGAAAAAUACAAGAAAGUAAAAAAAAUCUUAUGAUGAGCACGUUAUAUAAGCUUCAUGAUCGAUUGGCACAGCUUGCAGGAGAUCAUGAAUGUGGCAGUUCUACUCAAAGAAUGCUUUCUGUCCAAGAGGCAGCUGCAUAUUUAAAAGAUUUAGGUCCUGAAUAUGAGGAUAUAUUUAACACCUCAUUGCAGUGGAUUUUAGAAAAUGGAAAAGAUGUUGGAAUAAGGUGUGUUGGUUAUGGCCCUGAGGAAGAAUUGACAAAUAUAUCCGAUGUGCAGUUUUUACAGUCCACAAGACCACAGAUGUCUUUCUGGUGUCGUUUUCGACGAGCUUUUAUUACUGUAACCCACAGGUUGUUGUUGUUAUGCUUAGGUGUAGUGAUGGUUUGUGUCGUUCUGCGUUACAUGAAAUAUCGCUGGACAAAAGAGGAGGAAGAAACAAGGCAGAUGUAUGAUAUGGUGGUAAAGAUUAUAGAUGUUUUACGAAGUCAUAAUGAAGCUUGCCAGGAAAAUAAAGAUUUACAGCCUUACAUGCCUAUUCCACAUGUGCAAGAUUCUUUAAUACAGCCUCAUGACAGGAAAAAAAUGAAGAAAGUCUGGGAUAGAGCUGUUGAAUUUCUUGCCGCUAAUGAAUCUAGAGUUCGCACGGAAACACGAAGAAUAGGUGGUGCAGAUUUUCUAGUUUGGCGGUGGAUCCAGCCUUCUGCAUCCUGUGACAAAAUAUUAGUAAUACCUUCUAAAGUAUGGCAAGGUCAAGCAUUUCACUUAGAUAGAAGAAAUUCACCGCCAAAUAGUUUGACACCAUGUCUAAAGAUUCGAAAUAUGUUUGAUCCAGUUAUGGAAAUAGGGGAUCAAUGGCAUUUGGCCAUUCAAGAAGCAAUUUUAGAAAAAUGCAGUGAUAAUGACGGCAUUGUUCACAUUGCAGUAGACAAAAAUUCACGUGAGGGUUGUGUGUAUGUUAAAUGUCUAUCUCCAGAAUAUGCUGGAAAGGCUUUUAAGGCAUUGCAUGGCUCUUGGUUUGAUGGGAAAUUGGUUACAGUAAAAUAUUUACGACUAGAUAGAUAUCACCAUCGCUUUCCCCAAGCUCUUACUUGCAACACUCCCCUGAAGCCAUCAAAUAAACAUAUGAACUCUAUGUCUCAUCUUCGUCUUCGGACUGGCCUAGCCAAUUCUCAAGGAGGUUCCUGAAAAGACUUUCUUCCACUCCUAGGAUUGUUAUUUACAAUAGGAAAAUUCCUGUUUGGCUUCCUGUCUUCCUUUUUAAAUGCUUUUUGUAUGUAGUAUUUUUAUUGAUGAAUACUCUGUCUGAACGUUCCAGAAAUCUUAAGUUUCCAAAGGGAUUUAGCAUUGAGGCAGCAAUGCUGAAUAGGUAGAGUAAUUGUUUCAUUCAGUUUUGGGAGCUCAAAGUUCAGCCAGUGCAUUUAAAGUUUUGCAUGAGGAACAUUGACUUUAUUAAGCAUUUUCAGAUAUGGUGAUUGUAUUUUUGCACAAAGAAGUGUUUGGAUAAACACACAAAAGCAUGGUGAAGAGGCUUCUUGUAUUUCCAUAAUUUCUUGUGAACUGAUGUUGUGAAUUUUUGUAUACAGUCACCUGCAUAGUUCCUUACAGGCUAAUGUGAUAAAACUGUUAAUUUCCCAAUUUAACCUUAGGUUUUUGUUGCUUCUGAAAGAUUUAUUUGCUAUAGCUGGAAUAUGGGAAAAUUAAUUUGGGCUUAGUGGUUACAUAUAUGUGUAAGUGGAUGUACAUGUACUUAAACUGGCUUUUGUAUAUAUGUAUAAAUGCUGGUGGUGGCGAAAGUAGUCUUGUUUUGUGGGGAUGUCUGCAUUAAAGCAGUAAAAUAAGCUUUCUGUUUUAUUCAUAACCUAAUGUGUGUGUAUAUAUGUAUGUGUAUAUAUGUUUGUGUAUGUGUAUAUAUAGGUAUAUGUAUAUAUACACACACACACACAUAUACACAUAUGGCUGUACUAUCAUAUAGAUCCAACAGCCAAACACCUGGAAGUAUUAGGUACAAGUUUAAAAUAUCUUUUAUAGGUUUUAUAUAAAAAUGUCUGAGUAUGAUUUUGUGUCAAAGUUCUGAUAUCAGUUGUAAUGGAUUCAAAUUUAUGUGAGCAAUAACGAAGCAAUUGGCAGAUAUUGGAAAAAUAUUUUCUGAGAAGCUGUAUUUAUUAUAAAUAUUAGGGCUGUGACAUAGUACCAUUGGGAAUAAGUCAUUUUCCCAAUCUAUUUAUAAUUUAACGAAAUGUUAAAGCUCAUGUUAUAUGUCAAGUUAAAAGCAGGGCAACAUUGUUGUAGCAAAAUGCAUAUUUGACAAAUUAUACUUGUAAUUUGGGUUCAUGAAAGAUUGCAGUAUAGUAAAUACACAAGUGACCAUUGUUCUGUGCCUCAGUAUUUAAUUUGUUUCAGUAAAGUUACUUUAUUACCGUUUAUGAUUUCCAAUUAAAAUAGUUGCUGAGAAAAGUUUACCUGUAAUCUAACAAUUGGCUUUUUAAAAAUAACCCGUUGAUCUAUCUUUAUCAGUCCAAUUGAAUAUGUGAAACAGCUGAAAUUGUACCAAUUUUGAUUUUGUUCAAAGCUCAAUUUCUUUUUUUUUAAAUUGUAUGCGUUGGGUUUGCAGCAUGAACUUGCACAGAUAAUGCACGUUUUCUGGUUAAGUAAACACGAUGCACACUGUUCUGUAACAGAAAGCCCUAUUGUGCCUUACCUAUGUGCUUUUGUGGGCACCAUGUUUAUGAAGAAUAAAAAAGGAUUCGUUAUCUGAAGAGAAUAAAUUUUAAAUUCUCAGUUUAUUUCUCAGAUGCUAAUGUGUGAAAAUAUAAAUAUACAUAAUAUAUAAAGUAACCAAUCUUUCUGUAUUUUAUGUGCAUCAUAGUGAUUUAUCUGAGCUUAGUAACCCCAUCUUGUAACCUGUUGCAAGAGUGAAUGUAAAAAAUAGUUGUGACAUUUUAAAAGGUCACCUUUUGAUGCAGAUGCAUCUUUUUCUUCUAAAACAUAUUUCAUGUAAACAUUGUACAUUUAUUAUUGUAAUAUAUACUAUUAUGCAGCUUAUUUUAUCAGAAACUGUUAAGCCGACCAAGAUCCCUCCCUUCAAAGACAGAUGGGAAUGUGUAUAACAACUUGAUAUUUGAGAAGUUUUGAAGUUUGAUGUAAUCUGUUACUUGUCCUGUUGAAAAAAAAAAAA